GGAUUGUUCCUUCCCCUGGUCGUGGCUCCUGAGGAGCACCCACACACAGCCAGAAAUUUGGGAAUACUGAUGGCAAUGAUGGAGCAGCUGCUCUCCUCUGCCCUCCCUUUCCCUCAGCACAACCUUGAUAUUCCUUCAGCUGUUUUUGGAGGAGCUGUGGCCAAACAUUGCCCUGCUUUCUCUCUUUUGCAGGAGAUGCCAGACUGCCUCCUAGGACAAGGAAUCCUCUCCUGCUCCAGGGGACAGCACUGACACAGGACAUGGAGGGUGCAGCUCACCUGGAGCUCGCGUCCUCUCUGGCAGAAAAAAUCUCUCUGUUGGAACGAAAAAUAGAGAAACAAGCGCAAGAAAUCCAGCUGAAGGACGGGAGGAUUGCUGAACUCGAGGAGAAAAUAAAGACUCUUCAAGAAGGAGAAGAUGCUUCUGCAUCACCCACCACAGAAGAGCUGGAAAUGAGGUGCCUGCAGCUGCAGAGCCAGGUCUGGGAGAUGGAGCGGUUCCUGAGUGACUAUGGUCUGAUUUGGGUUGGAGAGACACAGGAGCAGCUGGAAGAUACAGGAUCAGUCCAGGAUGGAGAGGAGCUGCCAGCAAGGAUCCUCUGCAAGCCAGGUGAAGCCGUUGUUUGCAAGCACCAGAUUGAUUUUGAUUUAAUCUUGGAGCACAUUAAGGAUCUGAACUCACUGGUUGGAGAGGGCAUUGCUGAGAUCGAGCAGACGCCCCGGGGGGCUCGGCUGAGGAGAACAGAGCCCCUCACUCUCACCCUGUACCAAAACGGGAUCGUCGUGGGCAGCGGAGCCCUCCGGCCCUACCAGCACCCAGCCACACGGCAAUGCCUGCAGGACAUCAUGGAUGGUUAUUUCCCCUCAGAACUGCAGCCACGCUACCCCGACGGCGUCCCCUUGCAGGUCACUGACAGGAGGGACGUGCUGUUUCAGGAGCCAGAGCUUGCAGGGAGUUUUCCUGGUGUUGGUCAGGUGGUGGGUACUUCAGAAUCCAACAAAGUGCAGGAAAACGCCGAGAUCCCAGGUCCCAAAGCCUCCUUGGAGCAGGUUCCCAACAAGCUUUCCAAGCCCCUGAAGCACAGAGGGAGAGUGGGCAGUGCCCGAGCAGCGCCACAGGGCUCUGAUGGGCAGCAGAGCAGUGAAGAAAUCCUGGUGGAAACACCUGGGCUGGCUGGCCUGGAGAGGGUGAAGGCAGCUGAGGAGGCUGAAGCUGCUGCCCGUGAUUUCUGCACUCUGCGCAUCAGAUCCGAGAGCGGGGAGCAGAGGUACGAGGUGAAGAUGCUGCUCACAGACACCAUCGGGGACCUGCGCCAGCACCUCGCCCACAUCAGGGGUGGGAACUCGGACUAUGAGAUCAUCAGCACCUUUCCCCCGAGGGUGUACACGGACAACUCCAGGAGCCUGCAGGAAUGUGGGCUGGUCCCCAGUGCCUCCCUGCUGCUUCGGAGGAGAGAGCCCUCCCAGCAGGAGGGGAGGGGGCUGCAAACAGCCCCCUAAGAGCUCCUCACCCCCCCAGCUCUGCACAGGGAGGGAGCUGCCUCUCACCUUACCCAACCUGGCUGGGAGAAGGAGAGGUUUUCUUUCCAGAUUUGGUUUCACUGUGCCGUUACCUGGGAUGGAGAAGAGCUGGGAGCAGCCACUUGGCCUCUCCCUUUGGCAGAGGGGGCCGGGCCCAGUCCUGCUGCCUCACAGUGCCCCAGGACAGGCAGGUGCCAACACAGGGACACUUCCACCAGCUCACCUGGGCUCCAGGCCUCUCAGCUCUGUGCAGGGUUACACAGGCUGAGCCCUGCCUAGGGGAGCCUGCCAGCUUCACCCCAGCAGUUGCUUAGCUGGGCUCAGGGGCUCUGGAGCAGCAGGAUGGACACACAGCCAGGGGCAGUUUGCUUUCUACACACAGCUGCUCCCUACAGAUUUCACCUGCUCUGAUACCAGGGCACAAACAGGCUCAGUUCCACGGUCUCUGCUGGAGCUAAACCUGAAGGCCUUGAGCCAUCACAGUGCUGGGGCUGAGCCAGGCUCGACUCAGCCGGGAGAUCCUGCUGCUGGGUUUCCUGUACGUGCACAGCUCCUUCCCUUGGACAGCCCCCAAGCUGCAGCGGGGCCCGGGCUCCAGCCUGCCUGGAGGAACCCGCCCUCCUCCUCCCGCUGGAUGCUGCAACAGGACACCGUGUCAUUGGAGACGAGCAGAAUCCCUCCACGGCGUCUCUGCUGAACCCUGAAUAAAGCAUCUUCCUCCCUC